AUGUGCCACCAGAUCAUUGCUCAACGGAUGUGCCAGGUCUGCCAGCGCGGCCAGGGCGAGUUGGUCAUCGACUUUACGCAGUGCGCACGCAAAUGUUCCAGUCCGUUCUACUGUCUGACACCCAAGCCGCAGAUGGAGGUCUGCGCGCUCUGUGCGGCGAAGCUCCCCACACCGGUCCUCGCACGACAGGUCGCCGAGGACAUGGCCGCCGCCCGUAUGGUCCCCCGGUCGUCCGCUCUCCAGCUGCCCGUCGGCACAGGCGGUGACGGACCGACGCCCGGAGGUGGGCCGCCCCGCCAUCCGGUGCUCCCCGGACCCAACCCCGGCCGCCAACAUGUCUGCGGUUGA